AUGGGUGAUACUGGUGGCACUGCUUCAGUAAGAAGCAAAAUUAAAAGUAGGGAAGAGGAAUCAGAAGAAGAAAUAUGGGACAGUGGGGAAGACGAUGAAACAAUCGCAAGAAUUCAACGUGCUCACUAUGCACAAGCGGCAGCUAUGAACCCUCGUCGGCGUGCUCCACCACGGCCUAGACCCCUGAGCAACAAAAGAAAAUUGGAAGCAGUGAAAAAUUUUCAUGACUUUACUAAAAAAUUAAAAAAAGACACUGGAAUAAGAAUUCGUAGUUUAGUAGGAAACAAUAUUUUAGAACUAAGUGAUUUUUCUAGUGAAGAUAGUGAAUCAGAUAGUGAUGGUUUGUCGGAGGAAGAGUUUGUUGUUAAUCCUAAUGCUGUGCGGGAGUUAGAAGAAGAAAAUGAAAGUUAUAUUGAUCCUGAAACAGGAGAUAUUUUGGAAUGUAAGAAAUCAAAACAGAAAUCAUUAAGUCCGGACCAUGCUGCACAUAAAAUUAAUGUUGAACAACAGAAAAUGGAACCAAAAACACUUUCAAUUAGUGACAUAAUUAAUGAGAGUGAUAUAGACUUGUCAAAAAAUGUUGAGAUAGCAGAAGUGGAAACAAGUGAGUUAUGUUCAGAUAAAAGCCCAGGAGAAUUGUUGAAUAUUAAACAAGAAGAGGCUAGCCAAGACUUAGAUAUAACUAAUAAAGUAAAUGAAAUGGAAAGUAAAGAAGUUCAACCUACUGAUAAAAAGAUAAAUGAGGAGGUGAAUUCUGUGCAGAUUGAGAAAAAGUCAGAAACUGAGGAUGAGAAAAAAAUAACAAAUGUCAAUGCAUUAAAUGUAAGAAGAAAUAUUAGAGAAGUAAUGGAUGAGAAAAAUUUAGAUGCCUCAACCUUAGCAGCACAACGGCAAGAGUCUGAGCGUUUAGCUCGUGUUCAAGAACAACAGAGAAUCAUCAGAGAGGUACAAAAACAAAUUGCAAUAAACAGACAAAAUAAAAUACAUCAGAAAACCCUGUCAUUACUACAAGGUGGUUCCUCGUUGUUAAAGAAGUCUGGUCCUGGACAAAAGUUAAAUUUACCCAACACAGUAUUAGUGAAGUUACCCUCUGGAGAAGUGAAAAAGACUACUCUAAAGCAAGGACAGGUAGAGGUGACUAAAGUCUCAAAACCCACAACUUCUCGAUCAUUAUUUCCACAAAAAAUAGGAAAACAUGAUCAAAAAUCAGAGAGAAAGGAGGUGGUUGAAAUUGUUGACAGUAGUAGUGGGGAAGAAACUGCAUCCUCAUCAUCAGACUCCGAUGAUUGUAUAAUGUUAUCUGAUUCAGAAGUUCCACCGAGUCCUGAAGCUGAAGAUGAUCCAGCUAAUUCAGGUUUACAUGUAAAUGAUGCAUAUAAUACACCAGAUGAACAAGGUCGCGUUUUAAUUAACAUUGGUCAUCCGGAAACCGAAGAAGACAUAUUUUUAGCUCCACAAAUAGCGAGGGUCAUCAAACCACAUCAAAUUGGAGGGGUCCGCUUUUUAUUUGACAACAUAAUUGAAUCUGUAGAGCGAUUUUCGACAUCAACGGGAUUUGGAUGUAUAUUAGCGCAUUCCAUGGGUCUUGGAAAAACAUUGCAAAUUGUGUCUUUCUGUGAUAUUUUUCUGAGACACACAAGCUCUAAGACUGUGCUUUGCAUUAUGCCUAUUAAUACACUUCAAAAUUGGGUAGCAGAAUUCAAUAUGUGGCUUCCUUUAGAUGCAACAAAUAGUCCACUAGCAGCCCACGGCGAAGUGCGACCACGUAAUUUUCCUAUUUAUGUUUUAAAUGACAGUCAUAAAACACUUCAAAUGCGUGCCAAAGUUGUUAAGGAUUGGACUUCAACGGGUGGUGUACUUAUGAUAGGUUAUGAGUUGUAUCGACUUUUAAGUAUGAAAAAGGAUAAAAAACCUCGUAAGAAGAAAAAGGCGGACGUGAAAGCUGAAUCGGAGAGGGAGAAAGAUAAAGAUGGGCAGAAAAAUGAUAAAACCAAUUUAAAUGAUGAUACGCAGGAAUCUGAAAGUACAAUGUCAAAACCAUCUGAAGAAUAUCGAGGAGAUAAAGAAGAUGGCGAGAGUCCAAACAAGACUGACCUAGACGCUAAAGAAAAGGAAGAAAAGAAGGAAGAUAUUCCUACAGAUGAAGACAAAAAGCUUUUAGAUGAAAUGUAUGGGGCCUUGGUUCGGCCAGGGCCAGACUUGGUGAUAUGUGAUGAAGGUCAUAGAAUAAAGAAUUCACAUUCAAACAUAUCUUAUGCUUUAAAACAAAUGAGAACGAAACGUCGUGUCGUCCUUACAGGAUAUCCUUUACAAAAUAAUUUAUUAGAAUACUGGUGCAUGGUGGACUUUGUGAGGCCGAAUUAUCUUGGCAGUAAGACUGAAUUUUGUAACAUGUUUGAACGUCCAAUACAAAAUGGACAGUGUAUCGACUCUACGCCACAAGAUAUUAGGCUCAUGAGGUAUCGAGCGCAUGUUUUGCACUCGUUGCUUGUGGGUUUUGUACAAAGACGAUCUCAUGCUGUGCUGCAGUCGACUUUACCACAAAAAGAAGAAUACGUUCUUCUUGUGCGCAUGACGCCCUUGCAACGGAAAUUAUACGACAGAUUCAUGAAUGAAGUUGUUCGAUCUACAUCAGUGCCAAAUCCAUUAAAAGCAUUUGCUAUUUGCUGCAAGAUAUGGAAUCAUCCGGAUGUUCUAUAUAACUUUCUCAAAAAGAGAAGCGAAGCUAACGCUGCAAUCGAGGAGGAUUUGGAUUUAGAGGAAAUAGGUGGAGUUACUAAAGCUGGUCGAUCAAAAGCCAGGAAAACUUCAAAAAAGGCAGCUAAACCACGGGGUUCAUCAAAAAAACCCGCUGCAAAAGUACCUCCCAAUACUACUGGUACUGGGAAUGCUCGUUCUAAUUCCGGCACUUAUGAAAACACACAGCCUCCUCCAAAUGAUGGCCCUUACGGACCUCCGGGCAAUCCAGGACCUCCAGGUUCUUCUAGUUCUUUUGGAACUGAACAAUCUGGAGGUUAUCCCCCUUAUCCAGAGUACCAUAAUUCUGGUCAGGGGUAUUACCCUCCUAACCAAGGUUUUAACCAAGAAUACAACAGUAAUUAUUAUCAACAACAAUCUCCAUAUAGCAAUAACUAUCCAAACCAGUAUCCUCAAAAUAAUCCUGAUUGUAAUCAAGGUUAUAAUCAAAACUAUUGGAAUAAUGGUAAUUUUUAUGGUAACACGGAAUACUAUAAUAAUUCACAAUAUCCAAAUGCGCAACAACAGUCUGAAUAUACAGAUAGUACCCCAGGAAAUUUUAAUAACACGCAAACAUAUCCACCGAACUUUAACACAAUUGAUAGUAAUAAUCAGUCAUAUCCUGGUAACCAAAUACAACAGUAUCCAAAUAAUGAAGAAAAUUUCGCCAAUCAACAUGGGUCUUCGUUUCAAGGACCUUUAGAUCCAAAUUCUCCUGGUUAUACAGCAUUUGAUUCUAAUACACCAGCACAAAAUAACUAUUCCAAUAAUCAAGCACCUCAAGAUUUUUCAAACGCGUCUUUUCAGUCUGCACCAUUUCCUGGCAAUAGUACUGCAUAUGGAGCCAAUCUUCCGCCGACAUUUAACCAAUAUGAAAAUCAAAGUCCAAAUUUUACUGGGUAUGCAAAUAAUAUGCCGCCCAGUCAAACGCAAAAUAAUCCUAUGCCAAAUCAAACCCCAAUCAAAACAGAAAUGAACAUGGAUACUAACUACCCGCCUACUGAAAGCAAACCCGACCCCAAUUUUUCUCAGAAUACUCCUCCAUUUGACAGUUCUUUUAAUUAUCAUCAACAAAAUCCUUCCCUUUACUCGGACCAAUCAGAAACAGGUGCGAACGGUGGUUACCCGUGUCACUAUUCAACAUUUCCUUCUGCUCUUGAAACUAAACCACCAUUAGGCAGUGCUGGAAGCCCAGUUACCCCAUGGCCUAUAGAUGCAAUCAAAACUGAUGUUGAUAAAAUUAAAAACGAGGAAAAACUAGAAACGAAAUCAGAAUCAGAUGGUGAAGUUAAAAUAGAAGAUUUGGAUACUAAAACGAUAGUUAAAGACGAAACAAAAAGAGACACUUUCAAAAUAGCAACUUCCCCCAAAAACCAAGUGAUGGAAUUAAAUAUGAAAGAGUUAGCACCUAAGGAACAAUCUAAAAGUGACAUAUCUGAAUCCGAUCGUGAAAACUUGAAAAAAGGUAAACAAAAAGGCAAAGGGAAAGAGAGAAAAAAAGCGGAAAAACCGAAGCCUAAAGGUCGAGCAAAAGCUAAAGGCAGGAAGGAAAGAAAAAAUUCAAAGGAAAAGAAUAACGAUGAAUCAGAAUCUGAAGAGAGUGAGAAGGAAGAAAAGAAGAAUAAGGAAGAAGAAUUAGCUAUGUUAAAGAAGGCUGAAGAGAUGACUUACGAUUGGGCGACAGAAUUAUUAAAAGACUAUGUACCAGGAAUAAUUGAAAACUCCGCUAAGAUGGAGUUAUUUUUUUACUUAUUAAAUGAAAGUAUUAAAAUUGGUGACCGGCUACUACUUUUCAGUCAGAGUCUGUUCACUUUAAAUCUAAUUGAAGAUUUCUUAGAGAAAAAUUACAUUCCUGGCACUGAUCGUCUAUGGCAAAGAAAUACUUCCUACUAUCGAUUGGAUGGGUCUACUCACGCGCUAGAACGAGAGAAAUUGAUAAAUGAAUUUAACGCAAACCCAAACAUAUACUUAUUUCUUGUGUCCACACGAGCAGGUUCUCUUGGGAUUAAUCUUGUAGGUGCUAAUAGAGUAAUUGUUUUCGAUGCCAGCUGGAAUCCUUGUCACGACACACAGGCUGUUUGUCGUGUAUACAGGUAUGGCCAGCAGAAACCGUGCUUCGUUUAUCGUUUUGUAAUGGACUGGUGUCUCGAAAAGAAGAUAUAUGAUCGGCAAAUCAACAAGCAGGGUAUGGCUGAUCGGGUGGUCGACGAGUGUAACCCAGACGCUGUACUGUCAAUGAAGGAGAUCACCAAUCUAUGUUUUGAUAAUGAUGAAAAGGAAUCGGAGGUUAAAGAUUUGUCGGUGUAUAAAGACAAGUAUGUAGAUUUGUUAAUGCAAGGAAUUUUAACGCUGCACGGAAAGUGGUUAAGCAAAGAACCUUUCCAGCAUGAAUCACUUUUGGUGGACAGAAAAGAGAAAAAAUUGUCCAGUGCUGAAAAGAGACUCGCACAAAGAGGAUACGAGCUGGAGAAGAAGGCGGCGUUGGCGCCGAAGCCGGCGGGCACGUACCGCGCGGUGCGCGGCGCGGACGGCAGCGUGGUGCAACGGCCCGUGGCCUCCGUGCGCCCCACGCAGCACGCCGCGCGCUGGAUCCCCGCCGAUGUGUGGCGCCGCCAGGGCAUGACCGCGCAGGAGAUGACGCUGCCGCUCGAUGUCGUUAUACCAACGAACUCAGCUGAGAAAACUAAUAUUGUUCUUAAAGCUGGUCAACGUGUAAUGGUUUUGAAAUCACCCAAAGGAAUUUAUAUGCAGUUAGAAUCAGGCAAGAUAAUUGCAAUAAAAACUUCUCUCAAAGGCUUGCAAAAAGGGUCCGACAGUAAAGAGGGUAAUCCGAUAGGAAAAAAAGUUUUAGGUACUCGCCCUACUCCCUCGAAUAUACCAGGUUCUUUAAAAAAUAACUCUGCAAUAACUAUUACAUCGAAAACUGGACUGAGACCUGGAAUGCAAAGAGUUAUGACUAGACCAUCAAUGAUGGGGAAUAAAAUUGCAAGACCUGUAUUUCCUGGGCAAAAGAUAGCCGAUAUCAGAAAUCGCUUGGGAGAAAUGAGAUCCUAUUCAGCAAUGCGAGCUAAAUUUCCUUUGAAUCAAUCUCGAAUGUUAAGGCCUAAUUUGCCUGGCUCUGUUAGCAUCACAAAAAUACCUAAAGAUUUGAGAAGACCAGUAAACAUUAAUUCUUAUAUUGCAAAGAGAGUGGACAUAGGAUCUGAUGAAGACGCCCAGAUAUUAGAUAGUGAUGAAGAGGAUGAUGAAGUUUUACCAAAAGAUGUUAAGUCGCAAAGGAAUAAAUUAGGUGAUGCGAAAGGCAAUAAUGUGAACAGUUAUUUAAAAAAACCAAAUAUGCAUAUAGAGGAAUGCGUGCAUCAUGAAGAACGUGAAAAAGAAAAAAUGGAACAAAAAAACACUGACACUGAGCCAUUGUGUUUGACGACUGACGAGAAAUUGCCAUCAGAAGAAGCAUUAGAAAAUAAAUUGACUGAGGAAACAUCCAUUGAACCAGUAACACCUAACAAUCAAACAAAAGUAGCAACCAGUGAGGCAAUUCAUUCAACACAGAUGGAGAAAAAAAUAAAUCUUUUAAAAAAUUAUAGACAUCAGCGGCUUGGCAGUCGUCCUCAAACAGAAUCUAGUUUGAGUCAAUUAGAAAGAACUGCUAGCACAUUGAAUAAGGAAGGAAUUCCAGAUUUUAGAAGAAACUUAGACGAUAUUACCCAAUCUUACUCACCAGGCACUGAUGAUAGACCAAACACUAAAACGAAAAAGAAAAAGUCUCCCAAUAAAAACGAAACUUCUGAAUCCCAAAGUAAUGAUAGACCGUCAGUUUCAAAUUCCAACAUGUCUCACAGUGUAUCUAGUCUACUUAGUUCAAGCAAUCAAAAGUCUAGGAUGAGUGAUUCAGUGAUUAGUAAUCAUUUACAAAAGCCAAGAAUAAGUGAAUCGAUCCCACAAAAUUUAGCGCAAUGUAUUCCUAGAACAAAAAAUUCUUUAGGAAUUUCGCAUGAUAACUCUAUCAGUCCAAAUCGUGAUUUUACUAUUGGUCAAAGCGUAGAUCAUACCAAGCACCAGGCAAUAAGUUCAAAUUUAGGAAACAUUGGGUUGAUGAGUGGUGGUUCUUCGGUGACGCCAAAUAUUGAUGUGAGGAAAGUAUCAGUGACGGGAACGUUAGGAGAUAGUACUGCAAUGCCUACGAGUUCUCUGCCUGGACCAGCAUAUCCUCCUAGUAAUCCCACAGAAGGAGCAUUUAGCCAAUAUCCAGGUUACGGGAUGGGCUAUGGAGCGUAUCCGAACGCUCCGUACUACGCUGGCUAUGGUGGUGGGUACUAUCCGCCGUAUGCGGCUCCUCCCACCGCUAAUCCAUCUGUACCCCCACCUGAAAAUUAUCUACCCUCAAACCAACCGUGGUAA